AUGAGUUUCCCUUCCCCCGCUCAAUCUUUGAUUGCUUCUGGCACCGACAAGCCAUCAGCUUCCAGGACGGCGAGAUCCCACCAGUCUGUCUGGGGUACAAGUGCGUCCCAAUCUAACGUCCGCCGUGGCCUGACGCCGCUAUCCACCAAUAUAUCCAAUUCAAACUCCAGUGUAUCACCUCCCCGGCGUCCUGCCCAGCCUCAUAGUCCAGCUCCUAGCGUUUCUGCGACAUCUCCCCUUACCUCCAGCUUUUCCGCAGUCCUGACAUCCUCUAAUCGCAUUCCCACCAACCGCCACAACUCUUCUCCGGCGCCUUCUCACGCCUCCUUCACUUCACACCAACAAGCUGGCUCACACCAACAGCAGCAACAGCAACAAAGCCAGCCAAUUUCAUCCCCCAAAAUCAGAUCUCUUACCCCUUCAUCAACAUCGCAUCUGGCUACCUCGACGACCUCAGGAGGAGGUAGUGGGGGUGGAGGAGGUGGUGGAGGAGGUGGUGGUGUGGGCGCGGGUAUAUCCAGGAGUGCUGCGUUCUCUCCCCUAUUGACAGGGAACACAAUCAACUCACCAACGGGAUUCCCCUCUGAUAAGGCCGGAGCUACCGCGACAUCAGGUGCAAAUUCUGGCCAGUCAUCUCUGUCCAAAAUCUCCGUAGCUCAGGUGUUCCUGCUAUUGGACUCCAUCAACGAGAAGGAAGGGAAAGAGAAGUGGGAAACUAAAGCUGCACAGAUUCACAAGCUCGUUGAUUCAAACGGCAUGGAAGUUUUUGCGAAGUAUUUUCGUCGCCUACUUUCCGGCAACGCCCCCCAGAUCUUUCCGGGAAUUAACAAGGUGGUGGAAAAUGCAGGGAACUAUCCUUUGCUAGUACAGGAGGUUCACAAGGUGUCACAGGACCCUGACCAAAGCCAGAAAAUUGCAGAGACAAUUGAUGCAUCUGAUGGUGAUAUCUUUCGUGAUUUUGACCUCUCAACAUUCCUCGAGCAUUUUAAAUUGGAUCCCAUUACCAAAGUCGCGUUGACACUCGCCUUCAAGAAUGUCAGCAAAGCAGAUUUGCGCACAAAAGCCGAUGCAAUUCUUACCAAUUCCACUACCCAGUUCCUACAUAGCCUCUCUACCAUUUCUGAUACGAACAAAGAAUUUACCACGUCAUUUAUCAGUCUCACCCUAGAGCGCUUCAUCCUGCACUCUCCUCGUAAUUUCGACGAGGACAUUAAGCAAAAACUUGUGUAUGCGUGCCGAGCGCGAUACCAAUCCGCGGACAUGGACAUACCACCUGAAAUUGAAUCAGCUUUGCAAAUGUUUGGGUUAUCUGAUCCACAAUUGACCUUGGUUCGCCAGAUACAAGCUCGAGGGCCUAAGUCGAUGGGCAGUCAGGACAGCAUAGUUGAAACCAUAAAUUCAGCAGGUCCCAGUGGUUGGAGUGAAGAGCAAAUUGCUUCUGCGCUAUUGUAUAUUAUAAUAUCCCCUAAUUGGCUUCAGUUCUCUCCCGAAUUACUUCUCACCACCGUCCAAAAUCACCAACGAGGUGAAACUUUUAGCUGGCCAAAGCUCAUGCGUGGUUUCGACAAGGUUGGCGUGGUCAUCGAUCCGAAUCAGUUUGGUCGACUAUUUAAUGUACUCCAUGUCGCUUCUCAUGAUAACCCAAGUCUUGAUAUUCAAGCGCUCUGGAGCGGAGAAUGGGAAAAUCGAGACACCCAGUUGUCCUUUUUAACCGCAGCUCUCUCCUCCAACAUUGACAUUUCCCGCAUCCCCAAGUUCCGUUCGACAUACCCUUUGGACAUUUUUAGCGAUGCUUCUGAAACUGUCCGUCAGCAAGCUGAGCAGGCCCAACAUAGUUUACUUCGCUCCCGUGAUGCAGUUAGGGCCAUCUUUGAUCUUAUUCUCAAGACACCGGGAACAUGGAGCCUUCCGGAUAGUCAAAGAUUCGUCAAAACAGUUCUUCAACAUGAUCUGCCCAUAUUCCUUUGCUCUGCGUUCGCCAUUCCUCAGCCGUGGACUACUGUUCAGGUCAACUUCGUUAUGCGAUCUUUCUCGAUUUUCAUCUCUAAGCGCCAGGAUGGCUAUCAAUUCGCACUUCAUGGCGUUUGGAAACUUAAUCGAGAGUGGGUUGUAGAACAGCUCUUCCACGCAUUUACUCAGGAUCCUUCGUGCACUGAACUGAUCUACGACCAUGCCGUAGAGCAUGGUUGGUUAGACUAUAUUUUGGAAUUUACCAACGGCCUAGCCAUGGACCUUGCAUCUUUAGCGCACAGGAAAGACGACUAUGAUCUCGAACAGUGGGUUAAGAAGGCGGCCCAGAAGUCUCCUAUCGACAUGGGAAAUUUGUUAUUGAAAUUCCUGCGAAUAAAAGCUGAGGACGAACUUCGCGUCCAACGGAAAGAACAGCCAACUCCACAGAUGGUCAGUCUGUCAGUUAAAACCGUCUUUGCUCUCCUCCAAAUUCUCGAAGACUACAUUGUCGAUCAUGAAACUUUGACUCCCAUCCAACGAAUUUGCCUUCAAGCUUACCCACGAUUGAUAAAUUACGGUGAAGGAUUCGAUGAUAUCAUUGAGGUCAACGGCGCUCAUGGUAACGCAAUUCCGGUUGAAAUUGAUAAACAGAUGCAAGAUUUAUUCGGCAAAAUGUAUCACGAAGAACUUUCCCUGCGUGAAAUACUCGAGCUAAUGCGACGGUACAAAACAUCGCGCGACCCUGCUGAGCAAGAUUUAUUUACAUGUAUGGUCCAUGGCCUGGUCGAUGAAUACAACUGCUACCAUACAUAUCCACUCGAGGCAUUAACAAAAACUGCUGUCAUGUUCGGUGGCAUUAUUAAUUUCAAGCUAAUAUCCGGUAUCCCACUCAAAGUUGGCCUCGGAAUGAUCCUAGACGCAGUGCGGGAGCAUGAGCCCCAUCAACCGAUGUAUAAGUUUGGUGUCGAAGCCAUAGAGCAAUUAAUUAGUCGCCUCCCAGAAUGGGCUGGGUUUUGCAACCUUCUUCUACAAAUCCCCUCUCUUCAAGGUACGCCGAUAUACCGCAAAGCAGAAGAAGUACUUCGAGACCAAGGUCACCACCCAAUUAACGAAACCGAUGGGGCUGGAUUAAAUGGACUGUCCGAUGGUAUGGCUAUGACAAACGGCAAUAUCGAUGAACUCUUGGCUCCUGAUACCACUCAUCGCAAAUUCUCUUCCCUCCACGUGGAUCCGCCGCUUCGCCCUGAAAUAUAUCGUGACCCGGAUGAAGAAGCUCAUGACAAAAUCCUUUUCAUUUUAAAUAAUGUUUCUGAGCAAAAUAUCGAGGGUAAGUUAAGAGAUCUAAAAGAUGUUUUGCAAGAAGAACAUCACCAAUGGUUCGCCUCAUACCUUGUUGAGGAACGAGCGAAAUUGCAACCGAACUUCCAGCAACUUUACCUCGACCUUUUAGAGCUUAUUGGCGACAAAACCCUCUGGAUGGAAGUUCUUAGAGAAACAUAUGUUAGCGCAAUCCGAUUGCUAAAUGCAGAAUCCACCUUGAACUCAGCGACCGAACGCACGUACUUGAAAAAUUUAGGCGGAUGGCUUGGCUCUUUGACUAUUGCCAAGGAUAAACCAAUAAAACAUCGAAACAUCUAUUUCAAGGACCUCCUAAUUGAAGCGUUUGAUAGCCAACGCCUCAUGGUUGUCAUACCUUUCACCUGCAAGGUGUUGGUGCAAGCCAUGAAAUCCACAAUUUUCAAGCCACCAAACCCAUGGUUAAUGGAUAUCAUUGCCUUGUUGAUCGAGAUAUACCAUUUUGCGGAACUGAAAAUGAUUCUCAAAUUUGAAAUCGAAGUUCUCUGUGGGGAUCUAAAUCUUGAUUACAAGACAAUCGAGCCAUCGACGUGUAUUAGGGAACGCCCUACGCAACUAGAGGAUGGCAUUUCUUCGGCAAACAUUCCUGAGGGUCUGGAGACCUUUGAAGAUAUGUCCCUAAGUAACAUUAGCCGUGCUAUCCGCAACGAACGAAUACCCCAGACCUCUAUAAUGCCUAGUCUCCCUAACCUGGAUCAAAUUCUGGUGUUCCCUCCUUCUGCUAGUACGAUGGCAGAUCCUGGCAUCCUCCGGCAAAUUGUUCAUAGCGCUGUAGAACGGGCGAUUGCUGAAAUAAUCACACCCGUCGUCGAACGUUCUAUCACCAUUGCGUCUAUAUCAACGGCACAGCUUAUUCUGAAGGAUUUUGCAAUGGAACCUGACGAGGAGAAAGUUCGCCAGGCUGCAGGAACGAUGGUUCGAGCGCUCGCAGGCAGUUUAGCUCUGGUAACAUGCAAGGAGCCCCUAAAAAUGAGCAUGACGAAUUAUAUUAGAGUGAUUCAACAAGAAUUCUCAGACCAGCCGAUGCCUGAAGGGCUUAUCCUCAUGUGUGUCAAUGAUAACCUAGACGCUGCGUGUGGUAUCGUUGAAAAGGCAGCAGAGGAAAAGUCUCUGCCUGAAAUCGAAAAGGUCAUUGAAUCGCAACUAGAGGCUCGCCGCCGCCACCGUGCAGCACGCCCUAACGAACCCUUCAUCGAUCCUUCCAUCAGCCGUUGGGGAUUUUUUAUCCCGGAACCAUUUAAGCAAAUCCCAGGGGGUCUCAACAAAGAACAGCUGGCUAUAUAUGAGAACUUUGCUCGGCAAUCACGAGGAACUGGACCUACUCACAUCCAGAAUGCAUCAACUGACUCGGGGAAACAAAUUCCGGACGUUCUCCAGGAGUCUUUCCCUGCAAUUCCUAACCUGUCUACACCAGCCGAACAACCUGCUGUCCCUCACCACGUAGCACAGACGCAACAAGAAUCCAGCCUUCAGCAACCUGCGAUUACAGCGCCUCAAAGCCAAAUAAACGGUUUCCUUGAAACAGCCAAUCCACGUGAGAAAGUAGAAACACUCAUUUCUCAGUUACAACUAGCGGCUCGGAAUGCUUCGGAGGAGCACCUCAAAGAUCUUGGGCGUGAUAGCAGCAUCCUUCAGGACUAUAAUCAAGUCUUCCGUACUAUUCUUAGCGCUCCUAACGGUGAAGAUUUAGCUAGAUUGGCUGCUUUAAAAAUAUGCACUACGUUGUAUUCGCGGACUGAAAGCCGUUUGGAGGUUGAGCUGCUGGUUCACGUCCUGGCCAAGAUCUGCGAGCUGUCUUCGCUUGUUGCCAGGUAUACCUGGGCUGUUCUUGCCGAUGUGGACGAUGAGCAUAUGUUCAAUGUUCCCGUCACUGUUGCGCUUAUUGAUGCAGGGUUAUUGGAUCUUCAACGCGUCGACAUGAUACUCACGAAACUCAUCCAAGAAAAGAACGUUGCUGCCCUGGAAUUACUGUCCAAUCUUAUUGAUCGAGUCCUUCUAAACGACGAACCCUCCGCUUUGCGAUCGGAUUUCUCAGGCAGCCUAGGCGCAAUGAAUAAGUGGGUUGUCGAGAACCCAGAUCUCCCCGUUGCCAAAGACAUCAUCCGGAAGCUCCGGGAAUCAGGCAUCCCAGAAACCGUCAAUGCGCUCCUUACGGAUCAAGCCCGUUCAAAGCGCGAUCAAAUGGAAUACAUUUUUAGCGAAUGGAUUGGCGUGUACAAAUUCGCACGCUCCAAUGAUAGAACAUACAGUACAUUUCUCAAGGAUAUGCACCAGAGACAAGUCAUGAACAAUCAAGAAGAUUCAGCCUUGUUUUUCAGACUCAGCAUCGAUAUUUCAGUCGCCAUGUUCGAGCAUGAGUGCCAGAAUCCAAAUGGGAACCUCGAUGAAGCGUUCUUGUAUAUUGACGCGCUCGCAAAGCUGGUAAUCUUGCUUGUGAAAUUCCAGGGUGAGAGCAGCGGUGCUGUUAAAGCCAGCAAACCUGUCUACUUGAAUUCUAUUCUGUCGCUUCUAGUUCUUGUCCUGAACCAUCACCAAGUGAUGCGAGGGGAGAACUUUAACCAGCGGGUAUUUUUCAGGCUUUUCUCCAGCAUUCUUUGUGAAUAUUCCACAUGUGCUCUUCAAAAUACAGAUCAGCAUAAAGAAAUGAUGGCUGUCUUUGCGGACAAAUUUUUGUCCCUGCAGCCUAAGCAUGCACCUGGAUUUGUUUACGGAUGGCUCGCCCUGAUUUCGCAUCGGAUCUUCAUGUCGGGAUUGCUUAAUAUGCCGGAUCAGUCGGGUUGGGAGUCAUAUUGCGAAAUAAUUGAAGUGUUACUCCCGUAUAUUGGCGAACAACAGAAGCCGGCCAAUGUUUCAUUUGUCUCUAAGGACAUAUACAAAGGCGUUCUUCGCAUUUUACUUAUUCUUCAUCACGAUUUCCCCGAGUUCGUAGCAGAGAACCACUACCGAUUUUGCAAUGUUAUCCCGUCUCACUGCGCACAACUGCGAAAUCUUGUUCUGAGCGCCUACCCAUCAUCAUUUCAGAAACUCCCCGAUCCGUUUAGAGAAGGCUUGAAAGUUGAUAGGUUAGACGAAAUUCGAAAGGCGCCGAAGGUCGCGGGUGAUAUAUCCGCUCCUCUUCAACGAGCAAAUUUGAUCAGUAUAGUCGACAAUGCCUUCCGAACCGCUGUUCCGGAUAGUACGAUCCAACAUAUUUGUGAUGUUCUAUCAAACCCGGUUGCCAAAGCAACUGGACAGUUCUUCACUCCUAUCAAUGUCGAUGUUGUUCUCAUGAAUUCUCUCGUCUUGUACGUUGGACAAAAUGCCGUUGUUUCGACUGGUCAGAAAGGCAACAUACCAGCAGCUUUCAGUAAUUCUCCCCAUACGGCUCUGUUGGAGAAGCUCUCAAAGGUUCUACAACCGGAAGCUCUGUACUACUUCCUAAGCGCCAUCGCCAACCAACUGCGAUACCCCAACAGCCAUACGCAUUACUUCAGCUACGUCAUCCUCCACCUUUUCGGAUAUGAACAACCGGCUCAGCAAGGAUCGGAUAUUCGUGAACAGAUUGUUCGCGUACUCCUUGAGCGACUGAUAGUUCAUCGUCCGCAUCCAUGGGGUUUGAUUAUUACUCUCCAGGAGCUUCUUCAAAAUGACAGUUAUACGUUUUUCCGCUUGCCAUUCAUUCAGGCGGUACCCGAGAUCAAUAAUCUCUUUGACGCCCUGCUUCAGCACAUCCAGCAGCAAAGCCCAAGGGCCCUAGCUUAG